AUGACUAUUUUACCACCAAUCCGAAAAUCUUCAUCAAACGCAGAAGAAAAUAAGGAUAAUAGCCAACAAAAUGCUAGUGCUGAAAGAACAAAUAGACGAAAUGAUAUUAGUUCUAUUCAAAUACAGUCUCUAUCUGAAAGUACAGCUAGUUCCAGAAGGUCUCCAUAUAAAAAUGACCGAAAGGAACGAUUCCACAAGAGGUAUAAAGAAUCAGAAAGGCCCAGAGACCUUGAAAGUGUAAGAGAGAAAAAAAGAGAAGUAAGAAGGGAACAAAAAAGAGAAAGAAUUGUUUUAAAUAAGCGUGACAUUAUCUCUGAAACCCUAAAUGAAACGAACAACAUUGCAUCCCCAGUAGACAGCUCCCCUACAGAAACCCCUUGCAAAAACAAUGAAAUUGUUAUCAAAGAAGAUUGUACUGGGUUUAACAGUGAAGAUGAGUAUGAUGAAAGUUUCUUCAAAGGCCGUAAUCUCACUGAUGAGGAAUGGACAAAGAGAGAUGCACUAUUUGCCCGUUAUAUGUCCAAUUUGGGUUUUGAGAUUAAGAACAUGAAUGAAGAUGGGGCAUGUCUAUUUAGAUCCAUUGCUGAUCAGGUAUAUGGUGAUCAGGAGUUCCAUUUUCAAGUAAGACAGGAUUGUAUGAAUUAUAUCGUACAAAAUCGUGAUUACUUUGAGCCCUAUGUUACUGAGGAUUUCGAAAAAUAUGUUGCUAGAAAGCGUACAUGGCACGUUCAUGGUAAUCAUUUGGAAAUUCAAGCCAUGAGCGAGCUGUAUAACAGAGCUAUUGAGGUGUACUGUUAUCAAAUUGAACCAAUAAACAUCUUCAACGGUUCAAGAAUAACUUCUUAUGAGCCCAUUAGACUAUCUUACCAUAGAAUGUGCCACUAUAAUUCCAUAAGCAACCCGAAUCGUCCUUCUGUGGGUGUUGGAUUGGGUCUACCUAAUUAUAAACCCACAGAUAUUGACAGAAGAAGAUUACAUGAUGCUGUUAGGGCCAGUGAAGAGCUUCUCAUCGAGCAAACCAUGUUGGAAGAUAAGAUAAAAGCAACUGAUUGGGAAGCCACCAACGAAGCUAUAGAAGAGCAAGUGGCUAGGGAAUCUUAUAUACAAUAUUUUCGAGAUACUGAAAAACGCCUAAAGGCCGAAGGUCAUGCUCACGGCAGCGCUAGCAGCUCCACUAUCACUUCAUCCAUGGUAUCCAGUCCUAGAACCUCACGCCGUGGCUCCGUUUCCCCUAAAGGUGGGCAGUCGCCUAAAGCGUCGUCUUCUGCUAAGAAUUUUUCUCCAUUAGCAAGUCCAAGAUCUAAUUGUGGCAGCAUGCCAGUCAUUCCUGAACUGAAUAUUGAAAAUGUACCUCCCCCGUACAUUCCUACGAAAGAGGAAGAGGCUUUGGCUCAAAGAUUAUAUAACUCGCCUAGGAGAAUUGAACAGACCGAAAGUGGCUUUACCAGUGAAACUUUUGCUCCAGACUUCAGAGAUCAAGCAGGACCAUCUACCAUGGACAAUAAUUUGGGUUUUGAUGAUUUUGACCAGGAGAUUAUGGCUCAGGUUUUAGCCGAAUCCCAACAGUCUUAUCUAGAUGAAUUAAAGCAUAAAAAAUCAAAGAAGAGACAUGGAUCUCCUGGACCGUCGACUUCUUCAUAG